UCAAAAACAACCUACAUUUCCCGAACCCUUCCCACAUCCAGAAAAUCUCUCUCUCUCACUCUCAUUUUGUUGGUAAUUUUUAUCCCUCUAGCCUCUUUGGAGGGAGCAAACUUCUGCUCUCUUGGAAUUUUUGCAGGUUGAAAACAGAGCAGCUGAUGAUGUUUAUGUACUUCUUCCCUUUGGGAAGAUUGUGAAUUUGCUGCCUUGGAGAGAAGGAAAAAACAAGAGACCCACUUGUGAUUCUGUCGUGAAAAUGAAUUCUCUGCUCUCUGUUUCCUUUGUCGUCCGAUUUGCAGUCUGUUUGGUGCAAAGAAAUCCAUAGUGGUUGAAAAUUUUGAAGCCCUGACGUGUAGAAAUUGAGAGUUGCGAAGCCCAUGAUGAGUUUCUCUCUCCGGCGCCACCGGUUACUCCUGGACGAGCCGCCGAGUAAUGGAGGAGGGGCGAGGUCCGAUACCAACAUGGUGAUCAUCAUCGCAGGCCUCUUGUGUGCUCUAGUAUGCGCCGUUGGUAUAAACUCAAUAGUAAGACUCGUGCUCAGGUGGACCGGGAGGGCGAACUCCGACGCCACUGCCGAAGCGCCGCCGCGGUUCGGCAGAAAGGGCCUCAAGAAGAAGCUGCUCCGCCGGAUUCCGGUGGCAGUUUAUGGGUCGGAGACUGGGGUCUCGUUCACGGACUGUCCCAUAUGCCUCGCCGAGUUCUUGGAUGGGGAGAAGAUAAGAGUGUUACCGAAAUGCUACCACUGCUUUCAUGUUAGGUGUGUGGAUAUGUGGCUGUCCUCGCAUUCGUCGUGCCCCACGUGCCGGCGGUCUCUGGCGGAGGAGCCGGUGGAGUCCGGCGACGGUGGUCUGGCUGACGAGGUGGUUUAGUUGCAUCUGUCUUUGUUGCUUUUGGUAGUUAGAAAAUGAAACUAAUACAAGGAAAGAAUUGUUCUUUUUAGGUGGAUAUGUUUGAUUUGAGCUUGGUUGAAAUUGAAUUAAUUAUAUGAUAAGUGUAAUAAAUUUUAAUUGAA